GCCCGGGCGCUGCAGCCGCGCCAGGAGGUCCGGCUGCGAGCGUGACCUCACGGGGAGGGGCCAGCGCGGCGGCUCUGGGCGCCCAGCCGAGCGCCGAGAGCACAGCGCCGGAGCGGAGCGGCGAGGAGCGCACGCCAGGGCCCGAUGGAGCGGUACAAAGGGGUGUUGCUGUCUGGUGGUACAGAGAAGGAUCCUGCAGGUUUCUGCUUCCCUGGAGCAGCUGCUGACAGAGCUGGACGCCUUCCUCAAGAUUCUCGACCAGGAGAGCCUGAGCAGCACAGCGGUGGUGAAGAAGAGCGGCCUGGCCGAGCUCCUCCGGCGUUAUACCAAGAGCAGCAAUUCUGAUGAGGAAUACAUUUAUAUGAACAAAGUGACGGUCAACAAGCCACCGAAUGCCAAGUCCCAGGACAAAGCGCCCGAGGAGCAGAACCCACUGACCAAUGGGGAGCCCAACCAGCAGUCCUCAGCCCCUCAGAAGGGUCUUCCGGACCUCCCAGCACCCAAGAUCAUUCCAGAACAGAAACAACUCUCCAUCCCAAAGACGGAGUCUCCAGAGGGUUACUAUGAAGAGGCUGAGCCAUAUGACACAUCCCUCAAUGGUCAUUCUGGCAGAUGUACCCCCACUGGAAUCCCCCGAUGGGUGCAGGUGCCUGAAGGAGUCAUUUAUGCCACGAUCACCUUGGAGGACGGAGAGAUCGUGAGCAGCUCCUACGAGUCCUACGAUGAAGAGGAGGGCUGCAAGGGCAAGCCCGCCCCCUACCAGUGGCCCUCGCCCGAGGCUGGCAUCGAGCUGAUGCGUGACGCCCGCAUCUGUGCCUUCCUGUGGCGCAAGAAGUGGCUGGGGCAGUGGGCCAAGCAGCUCUGCAUCAUCAAGGACACCAGGCUCCUGUGUUACAAAUCCUCCAAGGACCACAGCCCUCAGCUGGACGUGAACUUGCUGGGCAGCAGCGUCAUCCACAAGGAGAAGCAAGUGCGGAAGAAGGAGCACAAGCUGAAGAUCACGCCAAUGAAUGCUGACGUGAUCGUGCUGGGCCUGCAGAGCAAGGACCAGGCUGAGCAGUGGCUCCGGGUCAUCCAGGAGGUGAGUGGCCUGCCUUCAGAAGGCACAUCCGAGGGAAACCAGUACAGCCCAGAAGCCCAGCGCCUGAACUGCCAGAAACCGGAUCUGACUGAGAAGUACCUGUCCGCCUCAGACUGUGGGAGCUCCUUAGAUGGCCACCCUGAGGUGCCAGAGGCCAAAGACGUCAAGAAGAAAUCUUCUGCUGGCCUCAAACUGAGCAACCUAAUGAACCUGGGCAGGAAGAAGUCUACCUCACUGGAGCCUGCAGAGAAGUCCCUCGAGACAUCCAGUUACCUGAACGUGCUGGUGAACAGCCAGUGGAAGUCACGCUGGUGCUCCAUCAGGGAUAGUCACCUGCACAUCUACCAGGACCGGAACAGGAGCAAGGUGGCCCAGCAGCCCCUCAGCCUGGUGGGCUGCGAGGUGGUCCCAGACCCGAGCCCUGACCACCUCUACUCCUUCCGCAUCCUCCACAAGGGCGAGGAGCUGCUCAAGCUGGAGGCCAAGUCUUCCGAGGAAAUGGGCCAUUGGCUGGGCCUCCUGCUCUCUGAGUCAGGCUCCCAGACAGACCCAGAAGAUUUCAUCUAUGACUACGUGGAUGCCGAACGGGUUUCCUGUAUUGUGAGCGCAGCCAAAACGUCUCUGCUACUGAUGCAGAGAAAGUUCUCAGAGCCGAACACUUACAUUGAUGGCCUGCCCAGCCAGGAUCACCAGGAGAUGCUAUAUGACGACGUGGCGAUGUCGGAGCUGACGGCCAUGGUGGAAUCCCCUGAGGAAGCCACCCAUGUGACAGAUGCUCCAAGCGAGACUGACUCUGACCGAGUGUACCUGGACCUCACGCCUGUCCAGUCCAUCCUGCAGGGCCCCAGUGCUGCCCAGACCCAAGACCCCUCCACUACACCGCCCCCACUGGACCCUCCGGCUGAGACCGUUUCUGCAGACCCAGGCCCUGCCCCAGAGGAGCCCCUCGUGGAGUCCCCAGAGAACCCCAAGUUGCAGAUGCCACAAGAGAGUCUGGAGCCUGAGGAGGCUUCCCUGAGAAUGACAGUCAAAGUCCAGGAUGAACAGCAGAAAGUCUCCUUCCCACCAAGCUGCCCUGAUUCUGUGGCCAUCACCCCCGCUGAAGCCAUCACCCCCGCUGAGGCCGUCACCCCAGCCGGGGCCAGCCCACCUACGAAGGACAGGUUGAGAGCAAUCACUGCAGAGAUCAAACUUGGCAAAAACAGAACAGAAGCCGAAGUAAAGCGGUACACAGAGGAGAAGGAGAGGCUCGAGAAGAAGAGGGAAGAAACCCGGGGCCACCUGGCUCAGCUCCGGAGAGAGAAACGGGAGCUGAGAGAGGCCCUGUUACGAUGCACAGACAAAGGAGUCCUGGCCAAUCUGGAGCAGAAGCUGAAGGACAUGGAAGACGAGUGCAGGAUGGAGGAGAGCAGGCGUGUGGACCUCGAGCUCAACAUCAUGGAGGUGAAGGACAACCUGAAGAAGGCUGAGGCCGGGCCCGUGACGCUGGGCACCACUGUGGACACCACUCACCUGGAGAAUGUGAGCCCCCGACCCAGAGCUGCCACCCCUUCCCCAGACUGUACCCCAGUCAACUCUGCCACAGCACUCAAGAGCAGGCCCCUCUCGGUCAUGGUCACAGGCAAAGGCUCCGUCCUCCAGAAAGCGAAGGAAUGGGAGAAAAAAGGAACAAGCUAGGAAACAGGCUUCAUCUAAAGACUGUCCCAUCGGUGAGGACCUUGGUGACAAUCCUGCUUCAUUAAAGUGGCAACUCUGACAGGAUAAGGACCGGGGUGCCGUGGAUGGAGAGCUUCAGCUGAGAGGAGGCUCUGUUGCCUUUCGGAGCCAAAGGAAGUAAUACAACAGAAAAAGAAGGCUUUUUUGGAAACUUCAGUCUGUUGGAUGUAAACAAUGCUGUAUUUAGGGUUAUUCUAUGUUUCUUCUUUGAAGUUUUCAUCAACUGCUUUAUCAAGCUUUUUAAGUAGUGAAAAGCUUCUGAUGUUGAGGCUUGGGUGGAAGGAGGGAUCACGGUAGCAGGGCCCUGGCCCACCAGUCACGUGCCGUUGAUGACCAAGAAGACCUAAACUCCUGACCAUCAUCUCUUAUUCAAUACUCAGCAGUGUUGGGGUUAAACCAUCCUUGCCUCCAGGUUUCUUCUCUCCAAAAUUAGUAGGCCCAGCUCAAUCUUCUGUGAUUUUAUGACCUGCUUUUUGAGAGACAGUAGCAGGGGAAGAUAUUUGGAACUAAGCUAAGACACUAUCACCACUAAAUUAAGGACUGGAUCAAUUGCUUUUAAAUACAAUUUAUGUGAUACUGUAUUAUAGGAAAAAAAAGGUUCAAACUCUGUAAUUUAAAACCAGUAAAAAGUAUCUUUUGAGAUUAAACGGACUUUUUUUUACAUUACCAUAUUUAAAAAAGAUUACUCUGUUUACAGAUUCAGUCCUGUGGCCAGGCCAUUUUUAAGGGAAGAGGUAUUUAAUAUAAUGCUGUUUAAGUUGUGCUAAAUUAAGGUCCAGGCCCCUUCCAAGAAAAGGGUGGUGAAUUUUGUUUGCAGUGGUCUCUCAUCUUAAAAUUGGCAGUGCCAUUCUUUGGGCUGCCCGUCUUCUCUUUUGAUGACUGUUUAACACAGGUUGCAACAUUUCAUCUAUCAUCUCUGCCUCAUUUCUGGGGGUUCUCAGAGUUCUCUAACACUGGUUCUUGUGAAGUAGAGGUUUUUUGAUUCUUACUGUCUUUCUAAUCCCAGGGCAUUUACUUCUUUUGUUAUAAACACUUGGUGUCAGUUUACCAAGUGAUGAGUUAGUUUUUUGUUUUUUUUUAAAAAUAAAAUGUUCAUUAUA